GGAGGAGUUGAGGUUGGCCCCGCCCCUCGCCCCCGCACGCAGCUACCAGUAUAUAAGGCUCCAACCCUCGGAAGGCCGUCAGUCACCAACGCAGCUCACAGCAAGGUGCUCGUCAAUCCAACAGCAAAACUUUACGUCGAGUUAUCACGAUGCGUUACUGCGUGGCCGCGCUGUGGCUGUCCGCACUGACCACCCUCGCGGUGGCGGCGGCCGACGACGCCCACCACGAGCCGGCGCCGGCACGGACUGACAACGAAAUAGAAUUAAGCGAAGAGGAAAAACGCGCCUGGUCCAGUCUGCACGGCGGCUGGGGCAAGCGAGGAUGGCAGGAUAUGAGCUCCGCCUGGGGCAAGCGCGCGUGGCAGGACCUCAACUCCGCGUGGGGUAAGAGGGGCUGGAACGACAUGAGCUCAGCUUGGGGCAAGCGAGCAUGGCAAGACCUCAACUCCGCCUGGGGCAAGCGCGCAUGGAGGGACAUGUCGCAGUCUCCUUGGGGCAAACGUGGCUGGCAAGACAUGAGCUCUGCCUGGGGUAAGCGAGGCUGGAAUGACAUGAGCUCAGCUUGGGGCAAGCGAGGCUGGAACGACAUGAGCUCCGCCUGGGGCAAACGUGGUUGGAAUGACAUGAGCUCCGCGUGGGGCAAGCGAGGCUGGAACGACAUGAGCUCUGCCUGGGGCAAGCGAGGACCUGAAAAGUGGGCCAACUUCCACGGAUCCUGGGGCAAGCGCACCGCGGACCCAGACUACGAAGAGAUCGACGCGGCUAUCGAACAACUGAUCCCCAUCCAACAGCUAUCGGACAGCGACCACAUGGACGCACCCGAGAAGAAGGCGUGGUCAGCACUGCACGGCGCGUGGGGCAAGCGACCUGUCAAGCAGGCCCAGUACAACAGCGGAUCGUAUUACUGGAAGCGAGAGCCGGCCUGGACUAACCUAAGAGGCAUGUGGGGCAAGCGCUCGCCGCAGGUGGACGCGGACGCGGUAGACGAUGACCACGAGAGCAGUGCGCGGGACGAGGCCUAGACUACUGGAAACUGUAUCAUAUUAUAUAACUAAAUAAAACUAAUAUUGCAUAACAACUGUCAUAUCUUAGGUACAUCUGUCUGUCUGUCCCCGUCGCGGUGUCUAGCGUGUCUUCAUGUAACAGCUUCAUAGGUCUCUGCGUGAACUAGCGCUUGUUACAAUACUUCAUCUAUUGCUGUUCCGACAUGUUCCAUUGUUACUAUUGUAUACAUCGUUUUGUUAAAUAGAUAUUGUUACUUACCGAGUGUAACAGUUUUAGUUUUGCUCUGUGGUAUCACUUGAAUAAUUCUAUUUUAUUGACUGCUUAUUUAUUUUUAUUGUAUACUUGUAUUGCCACAGAGUAUGUGUCGACGUGUAAUCCGUGUCACUUCCAACCAGUGAGACGCAUUCUCGUUGUCGGUGGAGUUCCUAUCGCUCGCUGCGUCACUACAGGCCGCGGGACAUUACUUGUAUGCGUUAGCUUUACAUUUGUUGCGUCUUCAAAUGUUACAUUUUGUUUCUGCGUUACAUAUUAGUUAGCAGUUGUCGAGUCCCGCGCUCCGCUACCAGAUAUUACUCGUACAAAAUGUAGUCGUUACUAUGUCACCUUCUAGUGUAAACGAGAUUUAUCAAAUAUAUUUACAUUAAGACAUUUAUUUUUACGACGUUUAAUAUAUUGUGUGUGGCGGGCGGCGCUGCGCCGGCUGCCGCCGCUCGUAACUCUAAGUGUCGUCACGAUAACUGUAUGUACUGCUAGUUAGUUAAUUAAUUGUAUUUUACUAGUCAAGUUGAUGUACAUUGUACUAUACGGCUCCACGAGAAGUUCGCGUUUGUCCAAUAAAAGUUUAUUCGGAAGCCGAA